AACUUCAGUAGAAGCUGCGGAGGAUUUUUUUUCCCCCAAUUUUCCGUUGCUGUAGAAGCUGUAGUAUAAAUACGUUUACACUCGCCAAAACGAUCUCUCAAUCUUUCCAACCAGCCGUCGUCUCGCAUAUUUCCUCUUACAAGGGCUAUGGAAUACACAUCUAUUUCAGAUUUGCAGAUUGGGCAGCGUGGUUGUAAAAUCAAGUGUCAUGUUGCAAGGAUGUGGAAAUCCAUAAAUCCUACAAUGCAAGACCAGUUGAUGAGCGUGGAUUUUAUCUUGGUGGAUAGACAGGGCACAUCAAUACAAGGAACAAUGCGAAAGGAGGAUGCCCCUACAAUUACUGAGCUGCUUAUGGAGGGAAAGACUUAUAUUCUUGCAAACUUUAUGGUCGUUCCACCACGAAAAUCAUUCCGAGCAUGCCCAAACCACAAUAUGUUACGGGUUGGAACAUGGACAGUGAUAAAGGAGUGCUUUGACACUGAUUCAGAAUUUCCUGUUAAUAAAUUUCACUUCAUUGAUGAAGAAGAAAUGGAAAAUAGAAUUCAGAAUGACAUUCUACUGACAGACAUUAUAGGUCAUCUCAUUUCAGUUGGGACACUCAGCAAAGUCUUCUCAAAUGGCAGAUACAUUUCGAAGAAAAAUAUGGUCAUUCAAACACUGACGAUCACCCACAUAUCAGUUACAUUGUGGGGGACUAUCGCAGAAGGUUUCGAUGAGUGCUCCGUGUUAAAACUUCCAAAAAAAGAACCAUUGAUUGUUGUACUUACAGGAAUGACAGUAAGAGCAUUUAGAGCUCAAACAACUCUGUCAAGCACAUCAGCAACCAACAUCUACAUCAAUCUUGAAACUCAAGAGGUCCAAAAAUUUCGUGAAAGCCUUUCAUAUCCAAACGAGGUAACAUUCUUCGAAACCACUGUGAAGCAUGGAAUUGGUUCAGCAGAAGAUUCUAUGAUGGAUAAUAAAACUAUUUCAACACUUCUAUCCCUCAAUAGCAUAUCAGAUAAAAACAACCAAUUUUCGUGCGAGGCCACAAUAACAAAGGUGGAUGCAUCUAGGGGUUGGUGGUACAAUGCAUGUGCUAAAUGCAAAGCUGGGAUAAGUAACUAUAAUGGGUUACUGACAUGCAGAAAAUGCGGUCCAACUGCUAAUUUGCCCAUUCCAUGGUACAUGGUCCCUGUACAUGUCAAAGACGACACUGGAGAGGCAAAGUUUAUCAUGUUUGGAAAACAUGUUGAAAGAUUACUCAAAAUAUCAGCCUACCAAUUGUCCCAAAUUCCCAACUCAAGUAGAACUACAGUUCCAGUGAUAAUGGAACAACUCCUGGGAAAGAAGUUGAUGUUCAUAGUGUCAAUUAGUGAAAAGUUAGACAACUCAGAAAAAUUGACUUUCAAAGUUGCAAAGGUAAUUGAUGAGCAACCCACAAAGACAGAAGGCCUUCAAAUAUUGAAACAACAAGAUAGAACUUACAGUCUUCGUACUUCAUCAGACGAACAAUUUACUGAGGACAUUUGUGGAAAUUCAAAUUCAACGAAGAAAAGGGACUUGAAAGACUUAGAGGAUAAUGCAACUGUAACAAUCAACCUUGGGAAAGGAGAUGCUGCUAAAAACCCAACCAUCGAACAAGAAAUUGCUGACAAAAUUUCUGGGUUACCAAAAGCAACGAAAAAAAGCGAGUUGGAAACAAAAGAGGACAAUGCAUCUGUUAUAAUGAAGCAUGAAAAAGCAACUGCUGCCAAAAAGGGAAAGUCAAGCCAAUGUUAAAGUACACACAGAGAAGUUACGAGAUUUUGUUGUGUGCAUAUGUAUUUUGAACAACUACAACUACUUUUGCCUUCUGGGUGUACAAAAAGUUAUGCAGGUGGAAAAAACUUUGUGAAUAGCCAACAAUACCCUGCAAAAAUG